AUGAAACAUGAAUACUACUUUAUUUUAAAGUAAAAGAAAAAGUACAUUGGGAUAUAUUUGGAGUUACAAAAAUUAUUUAUUUUUAUUUUAGGGAAGGGAAAAAAGGCAGCCUAAACCUAACAAAUUAGGGCAUUAUGGCAUUUAUGUUUUGGUUCCUCCCACAAUUGACAUAAUCCAAAAAGGCACUCAAUUGGGCUCAACCAAAAAGGACUGCUAGCCCAUAUAUGUCUGGGUUUCUUAACGUAAAAAUUGCUUAGAGGCUUCUUAACCUUAUUAAGUUUGGAUUUAGGCUAAUGUUCAUGAAUAAAUCACUUCCUAUUUUUGUCUGAAAAGUGAAAAGGACUCGACCCAAAUUGGGUAUGUUGGGUCCUUGUAACUUUGGCUUCGCCUAAUACGAAGCUUAUUACUUCAUAUAAAAUUAUAUUUCCUUUUAUAAAGGCAUCAUCACUUGAAAAAUAAAUAAAAAAUAACAAAAUAAAAAAUGAAAGAAAAGAAAAUGUUUGUUUGUGAAGCUGAAAGAGCAGCAAAGCUAACUAGGGGGACAACAUUCUUGAUUACAAACUAAGAAAAUGUAAGAAAAAACAAAUUAAGAUCCGACCACCUCUACCUUUAACUUUUGAUUCAGUACCAUGAAAACUGUAGAAAGAGAAGGACAAAAGAGAAUAGAAUAUGCCACAACGUCAGUUAUCAUAUAAAAUAAUAAAAUACUGAAUAAUUUAAGCCCCAAAUAUCAGAUUUAAAUUCCCAAGCAGAUCAUCAAUCUUUAACCUUUCCCUCUUCAUAACGCUUUUUUCAUCUUUUUGCACCUUCUCUUGCUUGCAGUUUCCAACUAUCCAAUGCCUCCUUUCUCAAGUUUUCUUAUAUUCUCCCUUCUCUUUUUUCAUCUCUCUGUGAUCCAAGAAAGCUAUGAUUCUUCUAUAUUUUACUUAUUAAAUGCAAUGGAAUUAAAGAUUAACUCUUCCUUGCAACAACUCCAUUGGUGCUUCCUCUUGUUUAGUAUAUCUUAGCUUCUCCAUCAUUCUUCUGAAACCCAGGAUAGAAAAAUAAAAUCCACCACCAAGUACACAAGCAGGCUAGAAGAUAUGGGUUUUAGCAUUCAUUGGCACUUUCCUUUGUUUUUCUUGUGUGUUCUCUUCAGUUCAGGUCCAAGUGUUGCAGAAAAUCCUACUUUGGAAGCAAUCCAGCAAAACGAAAUGGUAAGCAAUCAAGAAAAACGGAUACUUUUCUCACCUUCAGUGUUCACCUCACAGUUGGAUGAUGUUCCUGUUAUCAACCCAGCUCCAACUACAACAACCCCAACCCCUAUUGUGAACCCAACAUCCCCACCAGGACCAACCUCACCAGAUUCAACAAUCACCCCAACAACACCAACCACUACCCCCACUACCCCUACUCUCCCCACUACCCCUACUACCCCUACUUUCCCCACUCCUACUACCCCUACUCUCCCCACUACCCCUACUACCCCUACUACUACCCCGACCACUACCCCGACCACUCCACCAACCACAACAACUCCAACAUCAGGUGGUAGUUGGUGUGUUGCAAGCCAAGCAGCUUCAGAAACUGCUUUGCAGGUAGCUCUUGACUAUGCUUGUGGCUAUGGAGGUGCAGAUUGUUCUGCAAUUCAACCAAGUGGAAGCUGUUAUAAUCCAAAUACUCUCCGUGAUCAUGCAUCUUAUGCAUUCAAUGAUUACUACCACAAGAACCCCUCUCCUACUAGCUGCGUUUUUGGAGGAACGGCUCAACUUACCAACACUGACCCAAGCAGUGGCGGCUGUCACUAUGCAUCAUCCACAUCAAGCACUUCACAACCUCCCCCAUCCCAAAUGACACCGAUGACACCGAUGACGCCGAUGACCCCAGAAACACCAACCACCCCGUCCAUGACUACACCAUCAAUUUAUGGUUCAGAACCAACAGCAACCCCAAGUUCAGCCAUCUCUUUCUCAUAUUACACAGUAUUGCUAUUCGCAUCAACUGGAAUUUUGGCGUCAAUCAUUGCAGCAAAUUAUAUGUAGACAGAAACAAAGUUAGCUUCAGUAGUUCUCUUCGCAGUGAGAUGGCAACUCAUUCACCUGCCAGUACACUACAUGAAAUUCAAGGAGGCAAUAAGGAUCGACCAUGAGCUAUUAUGUUAUCUCAAGACCUUAUUGUCAGCUUUUGAAUUAUUGUAUGCUUCAACCUAUGUAAUCCUAUAAGUAGACUAAGAAGCCUGAGGGAGAAAACAGAAAGAGCAAAGAAAUCGAUUAGGUUCUUGUACUUGUAGGCACAAGGUUACUCUCUCUUCGGUGUUAGCAAAAUAAUUUAUUAGACAAGCCUAGCUUUUGGCCUUAUCUUCUAUUGAAGAGACAAUUAAUCUUA